UUUGUGUUUUUGGUGCUCGAGUUAAUCUGUUGUGGCAUCCACACGUAGAGGAGCAUCCUAGAACGAGAUGCCCUGUGUUCGCACGCAGAGGGAUAUUUGGUUUAGAAACAGAUGCAUGUGGACUUUCUUUCAGGAGCUUGUUUUACCUUCUGUUCUAAGAUCUUUCUUGCUUUCUGAGCUUCAGCACGACGUACGCUCUGCAGGAAAGGAAGUGGAAUAAGAUGCUUUUAGGUUUCUCAGAUGGUGCUCCGAUGUCCAGCCUGGUGUAGGUGGGUCAGAGCAUCUCCUGGACUUGCAUUAAGUUUUGCACAGACCCAGGGAACUCUAGAGUCUUCAGCUGCUCAGGAGAAGGGGCUGCAGGCUGGGUAACUUGAGCUCCAGUUGCUUACCUGGUCCACUUGGUUCCUGAAGCCCAAGGAUUUCUAUGGUCAGCUCUUUGACUUUACAAUGGCCAGUGUUCUUCUUGCAGGACUAGAGUUGGAUUCUCAGGAUUUCUUCCAUGCAUUGUCCCAGUUUGUGAGGCUGCAGUGGAUUCACCUGGACAGGUGUGCACCACAGCCAGCAAAUGUCCAGUCGGUAUGAACCAUGAUGAGCGCCAAAGAGGAAGAAACGUUGCUAUUUUUCCAGUAUGUUGAAGACAGCGGUCUGAGAGCGUAUAACGGCCUGGUCACUCAGAACCUGGACCACGUGUGGAAUGAGAAGAGCAGGACCAGCAUUCAGGAGAAAAACGAUAAGAAGAGAAAGCAGGAAGAAGCUGUUAAAAGGACGGGCGAGGAGGUUCCAGCGGAGGUUAAGCACCUGCGUAUGGCCUCCGUGAGCAUGCCAGCCCCAGCUGAACGCGUGUCCCCCCAGCAGGCCCAGCUGUGCAGUGCGGGCUUCGCUGUCCGCUCCCAGUCCCUGCACUCUGUAGGGGGCGGGGAAGAGGAGGGAAGCCCCACAUCCCGAAAACAACCCCCUCCCAAACCCCGCCGUGACCCCAACACCAAGCUCAGCAUCUCCUCUGAGGCUGUAGACCUCAGUACCUCCACCUGCAGGGGCGGAGACUCCGAUAAGUGUGACGCAAUGCAAGGCUGUGGUGAAGACUGCAGGAGGGUCCCACCUCCAAAGCCCAAGAGGAAUCCUAACACUCAGCUGAGCACCUCGUUCGACGAGUCCUACGUCCGUAAUGCCGCUUCAAGAAGUUCGCCCCCAAUGUCCCUCUCAAGGGAGGUCAAGGCUUCCUCUUCUUCCCCUCCUCAUCCACAACCCCAGAGCCCACAGCAGGACUCGGACUCUGAAGAGCCUGUUUAUAUUGAGAUGUCUGGCACUGUAGGCCGUGAUGCGCCUAAUCGCAAUGAAGAUGAGGAACCGGGUGAGGCCGUUUAUGAGGAAAUGAAGUACCCAGUCUUGGAUGAGUUUGAUUCGCGUUGGGAUCUUUCCAGUUGCCGGUCGCAAUGUGUCACACCUUGUCCAUCUGAUAUAGACACCCAUAACCCCCUGAGCCGAUGUUCUACGCCUCGGGGAACACCCCUUUGUGACAUUCCCGCACCUUUCCCCAACUUGCUGACCCACCGGCCUCCUUUACUUGUCUUCCCCCCAGCCCCAGCACAGUGCUCACCCAAUUCGGACGAAUCCCCACUUACUCCUCUGGACAUGGCCAAGUUGCCAAUGAUGGAGAAUGCAUCCUCCUAUGGCAAGUCGCCUACUUCCUCCUCCUCUCUGGAACCCCUCAGCUCUGCCUCCACCUCGCACAUUAGGCGUGCAGAAAGGGAACUAACUGCAACUCCAACCAUAACCGUCUCAGGACGUUCCUCUGCACCUCCUUUGCCAUGUACACUCUACAGGAGUUCAGGCAGUUCCCACAACUACCAGCGGAGCCACUCAGCUUGCCCUUCUCCAGUCAGCAUGGGCCGCUGCCUCACUCCGCUCAGCCUCAUGAGGACCCCAGCCUUUGACGGGCCUUUCUCAGGACCUGCCCUGCCGCGAAGCGCCUCAGCAACACCCCACGGCAAGGGCUCUCCUCCCCAGGACCAAUCGGGACGCCUUCACGGCUCCAUGCAGAACGUCUCCUCAGGACGCUCGCGGACACCCACCAGCCCACUGGAUGAGCUCACUAACCUUUUCACAACUGGCAGGAACAUGCUGAAGAAAAACUCCAGCGGCAGGAAGAGCAAGGAGCCAGGAGAGAGUGAAGCCAAAGGGAGGUGCCACAGCUCAGAGUCCAAACGGGAGCACAAGGAGAGGAGUCAUCACAGCAAGGAGUCUAAAAGGGACAAGGAGCGCAGCAGCAAAUCCUCACAUCGGCGUGAGAGCAAAGACAAAGAGGCUAACGGCACCGAGGCCCUCCUGAGACGAGAUAGCAAGGACAGAGGCUGCAGCAAUGCAGAGCCAUUACCGAGACAUGACAGCAAGGACAGGGGAUGCAGUAAUGGAGAGCCAUUACUGAGACGUGAUAGCAAGGACAGAGGCUGCAAUAAUGCAGAACCAUUACCAAGACGUGACAGCAAGGACAGGAGCUGCAGUGGUCCAGAGCUGCUCCCCAGACAGGACAGCAAAGACAGGGGAUGCAGCACCACUGAGCCUGUAUCACGGCAUGACAGCAAAGAAAGGGGCUGCAGUAGCAUGGAACCUUUACCCAGACGAAAUAGUAAGGACAGAAGCUGUAAUGUUCCAGAUCUCCUACCCAGGCAAGACAGCAAAGACCUUUCUAGGAAUGGUCUGGAACGAUGUGACAGCAGAGAUCGAAGUUAUGAACUGUUACCCAGGCAUGACAGUAAGGAUCUGAGCAGGAAUGGCCUGGAGUGCCGACGCAACAGCAAAGAAGGUGGAAAGAAUGGUUUGGACUCUCGUCAAGGUAGCAACUACGCUGCAGACUGCGGACGAGAUAGCAAGGAAUGGAACGGUAAUGGGGCAGACUUGGCAAGCAAAAGAGACUGUAAGGAUAGGGGAAUGCACACGACAGAUGCCUUGACCCGACACGACAGUAAAGACAAAAGCAGCUUCUGCACAGAGUCACCCAAAGCACAUGAAAGGGUUGCCAUGUCUGGACCUCCAUCUAAUUUGUCCAACAGGCCUGGACGCUCCCCUGUGAGUCCCACAACAACUUUGGGUAACUCUGAACUGAGGACAGUUCCAAAGGUGGGCCGCUCCCCGUCCACACCAACUGCACCAUCACCAUUGGGGACACCUCAGAGACAACCCCCAGAAGCGCAAGAGAUGCCACCCAUGCCAUGGGUAUAUGGUGACAGCACCAUGCUGGAAAUGAUCGAAAGAAAACAGCGCCUGUGCCGUGAGAUCAGGUCCCGUCAGCGGCUCCCUGAACGGAGCCCCUGCAAGAAGGAGACCCUGCCGGCUGUGACAAACUGGAAGAAGGCUAACGGGGCGAAGAAGUAUGGGCCACCACCAUACCCGACCCAGACCACUGUCUUUUGGGAUACAGCAAUCUGAAUGGUUGCUGAGCACUUCAGGACAUACCUAAUGCGGAGCAGCCAAUUAUAGUGCUCCUGGCAGUGGGAUUAACAUAGCAAUACUUCUGAGUGUGCAGAUCGUCAGGUUUUCGAAUCAAUGUUUAUAUCUGAUAUUUUUGUAUUGUGAUUCCUUGUAAAUGACCUAGCAUUAACAGAUAUUUUCUAAACAAUAUGGAAUAUCUUUGCAAAGAGUACGUAGAGUUAGCACAAUACAAAGUUUGUUCUUUUCUAUUUUUUUUUUUACAUUACAAUACAAAAAAGAAUCUCAUUGUAUCAUUAACGUUCACAGGCCUUUAUCUUUCAGACCUCUCAAAAUUAAGGUUCCAUGGUACGUUGCCAUGAAUGAAGUGUAUUUUAACAUUGGAUGUGAAAUUGGACUAGGGCUAGCUUUUACUGCUGCCUUGUCACACUUAAUUUCACAGAAUGUGCAAUUAUUCAAGAACUCAAAUAGAUGGAUUACUCUCAACAAUCAGAAUUUUGUUUUCAUGAACAUUUUGUUGCUUGAGCCUUGGUUAGUACAUAAUCAGAAAUGGAGGGUUUCAGUAUGUAAGCGGGAAAAACAGCACAACCUGAGAGAAGCAGAAAGGAAGUUUAUGAAAGGGUAAUGGAAGGUAAGAAAGAGAGAGUGAUGAAGAAAAAGAGCUCUUUUAUAAAGGACAUAUUUUUGUUCUGUAGUGUUGUAAUCUUGAGGGUGUCCCCUCUUUCUGGGGUCUGUGGCAAUAGCUGGCAAAAGCCAGUGAGAAUCCUCUACCAUGCACUAUGAGGAUAGUUGCCCAGAGAUUAAUGACAAUCUGGAAUAUUAAAGUAUUUUUAACAUUAUUUUAAAAGUUGUGUACAUGCUUGUUAAAUGGAAGGGUUUUGGAAGGAGGAGUCAUUUUUGCUGUGGUCCUGUACUGGAUGACUGUCAUUAUUUGUCGGUAAGUUGCUAAAACUGUUAUUUGAUUGAUUUGUGACGGCCACAAUCAGCCCUGUUUGGGUAUUUGAAACCAAUGACCAAUGGCUCACAGCUGGAGCACUAAGGACUUAGCAACCGUGGCUACAUGACCCAGUAAUAGGGGCUGUGGUUGCAUGAAAAAAGGGGCAGUAAAGAAAAAGAAAUGCACUCCCAUAAUCCUCUACAUUAUUUGGCUGGAUACUUGCCACCCUCCCUCUACCUCAACCGUUCAGAUUAGUUCAAGUGGGUCAUUCAUUUGCACGAUGAAUGCAACACCUGCAUUGCCAAAGUAUUUUGGAUCCUGGAGCGAAAUCCAUGUCCCUCCCCUCCGCUUUAUUCUUGCUAUGAACUCCACGUAGGAAAAAGUAACGCCUGUACAAAUGUGUUGCCUUGGAGAUCGGCGCUCACUGUGACUGGGUCACACUGGGGUGAAAGGUAACAAAUACUGUAGCCUAGCAGGCCUAACGCAAGCAACCAGUGCACCGGUCACUAGUUUGCAGGUAUUCUGGCAUUUGGAAAUGGUGUUUAUGCUUAUGGUCAGUUUUUGGUGCUUUCCUUAUGAGCCGAUUCAAAAAACAGACCAAAUAGAGUAAAAACACAGUAGCUGGUGUAGCAUUGAGUAUACAGUUGAAAAAGACAUGGGAAUUCAUACUUGUGUGUGUCUGUAUGUGUGCCAAGCUACAUUGUACGCAGGUCACCUAUUAAAUGAUUGUUUGACAUUCACUCUCUUGUGCCCAGGAGGUGCAGGUUAAUGAAAUGUAAUGAUGUACAAUCUCUUUGUAUGUAAAAUGUGCACUGUGACAGGUAGAAAGACUACGUCCUUUGUCUUAUUGCACUGAGUGUUCUCUUAUCUGUAUAGUAAUGUUUGAGAUGAAAAGAAGUAUGCUGAUUGUCACAAGGGUCUUUUUGAGAGAAAUAAAUAUGAAUUUCAAACUGC